ACCUCCUGCGAGCAAGAGGCUAAUCAGCUAGCAUAGCUAACAACAGAUACGAAACAAACGCGAAGAGCACGCGUCUCUGAUUCUGAUGUUUUGUGCAGUAGUGCAAAUGCAUCCGACGAUAUUCCUGUAAUUAUAUGCAUAUAAGUGUAGAACAAAAUACCAUCACAGUUAUAUUUUUGUAUGAACUGCAGUCAUGUUAUUAAGCUAGCUAGUCAACUAACAAAAUCAAUAACUAACUAGCUGACAAGUAGCCAGCUAGUAAAAUAAACGGUUGUUCUGUCAAAAUGAACUUGAUCUCAUUAGAUUAAUAUUUUGGUUAUUGUGCAUGUAAUGUUUUAAUGAAAUACUAUUGUAGUAAUCUAUCGGUUUUGAUUAUUUUUUUCCAUUGAUUGCUGCUAAAAUGCAAUAGCAAAACUUUAUAUAUAUUUUUUCAUUCACUGAAUAUUAAAUCAACAACCUCGAAGCUAACUUAAACCCGACCACCUUGUGACUGAGUAACGAGUUAUAAGAUGGAUAAGAAAUCAUUUGACAUCGUUUUGGACGAAAUAAGAAAGUGUGUUUUGACAGAUCAGCGGAUUAAAGCAAUCGAGCAGGUGCAUGGAUAUUUCUCCAGUGAACAGGUGAUCGACAUUCUGAAAUACUUCUCCUGGGCUGAGCCUCAAGUGAAGGCAGUGAAAGCAUUUCAGCAUAAAAUGGUGGCCAUUCCGACAACCAAGGUUGCAAACAUCUUGAACACUUUCACGUUCUCGAAGGACAAGCUAUUGGUGCUGGAGCUUAUAGCUCUGAAUAUAUCUGACGCCCAUAAUUACUUACCAGUGGAGGAGCAGUUCCGCACUCACCUGGCAGAGAGGAAACGUGCACGACGUAUACUUGAGCAGGUGUGUAAGGUGGGAUGUAAAGCCCCAGUAGCAAUGGUUUCCUCCUGUGGGAUGAUCCCUGGGAACCCUUAUCCUAAAGGCAAACCCAGCCAGAUCACUGGAACCUUCCCUGGAUUUCCUCCUAGAAAGGAAGGCGAGGAGGUGAGUACAGAGGGGAAAGGGAUUGCCAACCGCAUCAUUGGACCCAGCAAACCGUCUCCUUCGACCUACAAUCCACAUAGGCCUAUACCUUACCCGAUUCCUCCUUGCAGGCCGCAUGCCACCAUCGCACCAAGUGCAUACAACAACGCAGGCCUGAUAUCAGUGGGAGGGGUCAUUACAGCAAAUGUGCCCCCUCCACCCUACACUGCCACUCCAAAGUCAGCAGCUUAUGCUCGACCUGCCAGUCUACAGAAUCCUGCCUCCAUUGUCUCAACUGUCUCACCUACCAUUUCAGCUCCUUCUACCCCUGUCAGCUCCCAGCCUCAACCCUCCACUCCAGUUACCCCUGUUUUCCCUGGUGUGGUCUCUUCUCAGAGUCCUGUUACCCCAUCUCCUGGCCCUGCCCCAACUUCCUCAGUUAUCAAAAGCCCUCCUUUGUCUGCUGGCUCUCCUCAGGUUACACCAAACCCCAGUGGUCAUAGCACCCCUACUCCCACUGGCUUACCGCCUUCUGGCAGGAACACUCCCUCAGUUAUCAGAUCCCACACCCCUUCCGGCACACCUGGCAUACCUCCUCCACCUUAUGGGACGUCCCGCUCGGGAACACCAUCAGGCAUUCCCAUUCCAAAGGGGGCAGCAGAUCCUUCUCAGAGUUUAGCACUUUCCUCCUCCAAGGGCUUUCUGCCUUCUGCUGAGCCCCAAUCAACUCUUACUAAUCCAAAAUGCUCUAACAAUUCGGUCAUUCGCACUUACACACCUGCAGGAGUGCCACCUGGACGUUCCACUCCAAUGCAGGUAAUGGGUACCUUAUCCUCAGUUACCCCAGUGGCCCCCUGUACAUCCAGUCCCAAACCAUCCUCUGGCACAUCUCAGGCUGGCACAGCUAACCCUGCCUUGUAUAGCGACCAACCCUCAAUCUCAGUAGUCCAGCACAGUGGAGGCAGUGGCAGUAACAGUCCAGUCCCCUCUGCCUUCAAAGGGCCAUCAUCCAGGUCAGGCACACCCUCACUCAGCUCACUAGUGAUACCCAACUCUGCAGCCCUGGCUCGCUCGCUGGGCCUGAGUCACAGCGCUGCCUCUCCUCUGGGCACUCUAGGUUCCCAGCCUGGAGGAAGUCCUUCCACACCAUUCCAAGGCAUCUCUCCCUUUCCUACACUGUCCACAGCAUCACCUCUAACUGUAGCUCAAUCUUCCAUGCACUCUUCAGUUUCUUCUGCUCCAACAGCAACUUCCAUUGCAUACUGUGACCCCACUGGGGUUUCCUCUCCUUCACCCUUUGGCCUUGGACUCACCACAACCCCCUCCAUGGUCCCAGGCUUGGCCCCAGGGCAGAGUCCUGCCUUCGCUGGGUUUGGAGGUUCAGGUCCUCCAGCAGCAGGCAGUCCUGUGCUUUCCUCCUUUAUGGGGCUCCCAGUUGCUUCUUCCUCAGUAGCCACAGUGGCGCCUCUCCAAGCAGCUGCAGUGGCAGCAGGUGUCCCCUCCACCUCACCUGUCCUUCCUGGCUUCGCCUCUGCAUUUAGCUCCAACUUCAACCCCACAUUGGUGGGCCAACCAGGUAGUGGCCUUCAGGCCCCAGGAGGUGCUGCCUUCCCUGGGCUACUGUCAUUUCCUGCAGGAGUUCCUGGUUUUUCCUCCAGCGCUGCUCCUGCAGCUCUCUCGGGCCUCCACAACCCUGCUGUACAGUCAGCUUUGCUGCAGGCUCAUUCUGCAUCAGCGUUGGAAAACUUUCCCCCUCAACCUAAUGGCUUCAGCAGCUACCAAGCAGGCACGCCAUUCCCCCCUCCAGCUGCAGGAACCCCCUUUCCCCUUCAGCCCGGUCUGCACCCACAGCUCGGCUGGCAAUAAUCAGUCAUAGGAUACACUGUGAUAUUAAACAUCCACAGUAAUAUCAUGGAUACUUCAAAAUACCCUUGUGCUGCCCCUUUUGGAGAAAGCUGUCUUGCAUUGUAUGUUUAAAAGCAGAAUUGCAUGCAAUAACAAAUGUAACAGUUCAACUUUUAAGAUUAUUACGCUAGUAUUUAAAAACACAUUUUUCUCAUUAACACUCUAACAGCAGGUGAAAAAUGCUAACCAGCCCCAAGAACAUGGAUACCAGCAGGGUUCCCUCUGGGUUCUGAAAAAUAUUCUCCACUUUUUUUCUUGAAAAAUGAAGUCGAAGAAGUAUUCUUCACUUUUUCUGUUUUUUUUUUCUUUGUUACCGACAUGUCAAAGUGGACUUAAUACAGGUUUAUACCAACCAAACUGGCACAAUUCAAAUAUUUCUACAGAUGCAGCUGGGCCUCUCCAUUCCAUAAAAAAAUUUACGCUUCACUCCAGCCUCUAAUAAGAGAGGCUUGAUUUUGGGCUCACUGUGCACCAUUUAAGCUAAAAUAAACCUCUUUAGUUUGAGCUUACUUAAGGUUAUUUUAGCAUGGAAUUAUUCAAAAGUGGUAUUAGGACUCCGUUUAGCCUUUACUUCAACACAAAACUUGAUUUACAAUUAAACAGAAUCAAGCAGAGUCUUGGACCAACCAGCAGUGAAGGAAUCUGAAUUUCCCAUUGAUUUAUAAACCAAACACAGAAUGAGACCAUGUUUUACAUCAUAUGUUCGCCACGGGAACUCAACAUGCCACGCCCCUGAAACAUAGAGCCCUUCAGUCGCUUGCUGACUGACAGCACUUUCACUUUGCCUUUUUUUUUUUUUUAACCGACCCCUGUGCUCAGGGAUGGUAGGGGCUCUGAGUGUGUCUCCUCCAUGGCUGUUUCAGCCCUUAAAUCAUCUUCAGUGCUUGAAGAAGCCCACCCAAACAACUUUGUCAGUUUAGACUCCGCCAUUGUUUGGUACACGCAGAGAUAAUGACACCAACACACCAGGCUGAUUAAGAUGUACUGCAAUUGGUCAAAAGCUUGGUGCUCAUUUGGUCAUUAUGUGUAGUUGAUUUUUAUUGGUCAUAAGCAUGUGCUCUUUGUUUACACUCUGGCUUCCUGCCGUCUCCUCACUGGGGUUGGAUUUCAGCAAACGGAUUUGUGGAGCGAUUUGUAGGAAAGGCUACUCAUGAUAAUGAUAAAGAUGACAAAUACAUUCGUCAGCAUGAUGACUGCUAGUAAUUUUUUCUUUGUCACUGAAGGAUUAUGUUUGUCACUGACGAGCGUGACGAGCACCGGUGGGAACCCUGUGCCAGAAAGUUUGUGGUUACCUGCAAAGGAAAACCUUGCCCUGAAACACACACAAAAUGUAAUGUCCUUGAGUGCAAUGCAGCUAUAAGACAGCUGUGCUGAAUUAUGAAAGAUGCAAGGCUCGGCUAGUAUGUGACCCACAAGCAUGAUGGUGUUGAUAGCGGUAUUAACAUGAACGUUGAAGCUAUUGCAGCCGAUUGUUCAAGCAGAGUGUAGAGUUAAGGAGGUGAGAACUGGAUAGAUUAAUAGACUGAAAGGUCUUUAGGUAGAAAUGAAGCAAGCACUAAUUCCCACGGUCAGUGGCAUGGCAGGGAAUCUAGGAAACCGUUAGCCAAAAUAAAAAUCAACCCAACAUGUUAAAAGUAUUAACUCAGAAUUUCAUUAAAAAUAAAUCUUGGUCGCCAUUGAAGAUGGCAUGUUAAUUGUAAAGAUUAGCAUACAAGUCAUUCAAGGUACAUUUUUCCUUUAAUAGAAAUGCAAUGUUUUGAACAGGGAUAAAAAUGUUAGACAGUUUUCAUAAUAUGAAAACUACAUAAUGUUCAGCUCUGAGAAUAGGAAGCGCUUGGAGUGAGUACCUCAUUGGGCUGAGUGGGUGUGUGGAAGGGUGCAUGAAAUACAGUGUGACAUUAAGAGCAUUCACAAUUAAUGAGGUCUGUGAGUGUAGAGAGCGGUUAUAAAGUGUUUCGAGUUACCUGAGAUUGAAAAUGCUUUUGUUCUACAGCUUUCUGAGAUAUGUGCAUUUCUGCUGAAAGUUAAACUAAGCAAUGAUGAUGGUUUGAACAGAAAUGUUGGAAUGUACCGUAUAGAAUUAAUCCUACACUAUCGUGUGGUGUUAAUUUUGUUGUUUUUUUAAUGUAUCUAUUCUAUUUAGAAGUAGGAUUUUUCCUUCAUUUAACAUGAUGUUUUUGAACCACCAGACCACGAGAAAAUUGUUGGAUGCAUAGCAUAGAUAAACUGUGAAGAGGACUAUCAGGAUAGUUUCCUCACAUUUUCCUAAAAAUCUGUGCUAGUUGGAAGUUCAUCCAAUGAGUUCUUCUAUUGGUAAUAUACUGUAUGUGUAAAUACCAUUGAGAAACGAAAGCAGCUGUUAAAUGUGUGUAUGUGUUGGGCUAUGAUUUUUUAAAAAACUUUAUUUUAAACUUUUUUUUUUAACUUACUGGUGUCUGUAUAGAAGGAAUUGAGUAAAUAACAUUCCCUGGACUAGUCAUGGAUUUACACAUGUUUGUAGAUGAAGUUGAUGACUAUCAAAUACUGUACUAGACAGAACAGUAGGAGUAGCCUGCUUUAUUUCAUAUGAAAUAAUAAAUACAGUUUUUUCUACA